GUUGUAUUAUUAGCAGAGCACUAAACGGGCCCAUACCACAAGUUAUAUUGGGCCGAUGUGGAAUCGCGUCGGCAACUCAGAAUUAGUAAACUAUACGACAUAUGAUUACAGCUGAUUACGAACGAAAACAAUCCUUAGCUAGCUGCGGCGACGAUCGGAAAAUUCGAAAUGGAAGACGGAGAAGGUAUGAAUGCUGCUGCGGCGGAGCUUGAAAGACUCCAAAUUGAUAUUCUCCGUAGAAUCUCCCUUCUCGAGAGCAAUGUUCUCCCACAGAGUUCCUCUUCGGCGGCUCCGUCGCCUUCUCUACCGGUUGAUGAAAACGAAACUGUGGCUCGCCUAUCCUCCAUUCUUCGGUUCGGCGGCGUUAAAGACUUCUGCUUCAAGAGAGUAGCUCGAGAUUACUACGACUGGCCUCUUGAAUCUCGCCGCGACGUUCUCGGCGCUUCCUCAGUUGACCAUCUCUGCAAGAGCAUUGUUCUGGUUAAUACUCAAGCUUCAUCGGACAUUGUGGAUUGCAGUGAUCGAAACAACUCAAAAUACUAUGUGGUUGUGGUUCAGUAUACAGCCAGAUUCAAUGCCGAAGCAGUAAAGCAGUUUCUUUAUUCACUAAAUGAGGGAAAGAUCCCAAAGAAAAGAUUUAACUUGAGACUUGCUCCUGAGGAGACGUCGAUUAAAUUGACAGGGUUUGAGCACAAUGCGGUAACCUGUAUAGGUAUGAAGACAAACAUACCGGUGAUAUUGGAUGAGGCCGUAGCCAAACUUAAACCAGACUUCUUCUGGUUGGGUGGUGGAGAAAUCGAUCUGAAGCUCGGUGUCAGAACAUCUGAAUUCCUUGAAUUUGUCAAACCUUUCAUAGUUCCUUGUAGCUGAAACCAAGAAUAUUUGUAACACUAUUUUUUUUCUCCCUGUUAUCAAAUGUUACGCUUAGCUUAAGAUUUUAGCUUCAAUGAGGUUUGUACCUCCCACACACAUUGGUAUACUUUGUAAUGAUACUUGGGCUACCUGCUAAUUGGAGCUAAAUGGCGGUAAAGAGACCUGAGUCUACAUACCUAUUAGAGUUUAGUUGCUGUAUUUAAGAUCUCUUGUACGGUAUAUUUAAGCUUAAUGAUGGAGUUUCACAGUUC